AUGCAACUAACACUCUGGGGAAGAGACGAAGAAAUUAUGAGACAGAUUAAAGGCAAAAGUUUUCAGAAGUUUAUUUAUAUGAAUAAAGAAGACUGUGAAAGCCAACUAGCUUCUCACAUAAGUUAUAUGUUAAACGAAGUAAUACCAUGGAGGUCUAACCUAGAGUCAACCGCAAAAGAUUACUAUUGCCUAGACUUCAUAUACCAAAUAAGGGGUGCUCUUGUUCUAAAAGAAGAAAAAAAGAUAGACAAAGAAAAUCUUGGCUUAGCUUUGGAAGACUUGGAAAAUAAAUUUAGUAGAAUAAACCCUGCGUCUUUGAGUGAAGAUUUUUCUUCUACAAGUGCUGAAUUAGAUGCAGGUUUUCUGGAUGCGUUCUGGAACUUAUGUAUCUCAAGCACUUAUCUUAAUGAAUUUAACUUUGUGAGCCCGUUGGGGACAUGUUUGAGAACGCCUUCGAUUGGUAUAUCUCGCAUCUAA